AUGGACCAAGACGCUCAUCUGCCACAUGACUCGCUGGGACCGCGGGCUCUAGUUAUCGUCACGCCCUUUCUCAUCAUUGCCAUUAUUGUCUUCUCAGCGCGGAUCUAUACUCAUGUAGCCCCAGUAUACAAACUGGAUGCCUCAGACUAUACCAUCUCGGUCGCCAUUAUAAGUACAAGAUAA